AUGCAGAACUUUCCUGCCUCAAUCCUCAACCCUACGGACCCGUGCUCGCCGCUGUCUGUCCCGCCUGCACAGACGGCCCUGCUCCUCUUGGACCUGCACAAGUUUAUCCUCUCCCACCAGCCCGAUGGCGGCAAGUCGAUCGUCGAGUCAGCCGUCCAGCUGAGGACGUGGGCCCAGCGCCGCGGGAUCGCGAUCGUCCACUGCCUGCUGGACUUGGAAGUCGAGACACCCGCGCACAUGAAGAUGUCCUCGAGGACAAAUGCCAUCUCAGCGGGGCUCAAGGACACCCCUGAGCACAAGGGUGAGGCGGACGCUGUCACCGCGCCCGGUGAGCUGACAUUUACGCGUGUGCCCGCAUGCGUGUCCGCCAUGGAAUCGACUGGUCUUCAAGAAUGGCUCAAGGCACACGGCAUCCGGUCUGUCAUUCUGGCCGGGCUCAGCUCGUCCGGGUGCGUUAUCAACACGGCCAAGGCGGCGGCCGAUCAAGGUCUUGUGGUCACAGUGGUCAAGGAUGCCUGCAAGGACCGUUCGGCGGAGGUACAUGAGAUAAUCAUGACCAGGCUGCUGGUCAUGCAGUCGCACAUCGUAGACAUUGAGGAGCUGGAUAGGGAAUGGGAGAGGCAAGUGACGGCGUAG